UCCAGUACUAACAAUUCAAUUGAGCUAUAUUAGCCAUGUAGUCUGACAAUGUCAAAGGAAAGACAUUGUCAGUCAGGAAACUAUUUACUAAAUGUUUUGUUGACAAAAUUAUUCUAGAUUGAGCAUCCUCUUUGAAUGAAUUUGGGGGGUAUAAAUGGUCUUUGGCAAUCUAGAACUACCGGUAAAAGAUCAAUCAGAAAGGAAGAGGCAAAGCCGCUCAAUAUAUACUCUAGAACCUCUUUGGACCCCAGGACACACCCGCUCUCACUACAACUACCAUAAUUCAAUGCGUACAUUAACAAGAGGCUCAAGACUGUUUGUGUUGCACGACUGAAUAACGUGAUUCGGAUGUAUUCUUUGUUAUUCUGGCGUGUAGAAGCCCAACAAGAAAAAUGGAAGCAAAUGGUUUUGGAAGAUUGAUUGCCAGCAGUCUUUGCACCUGAUGGUGAUACCAUCAUGCUCAUAUCUGUUCACUUCACCUUCCUGUAGAUUGUUGCCAUGGAGCACUGUGACGGAAAUGAGCCAGCAAGUGAUACAAAGCAUUUGUCUGCUGGCUGUGAGCAGACGGCCAUGGGUGACCAGGAUUUACAGACUGAGGUGAAGCCUCCAUCUGACAUUUCUGAUGCUGUACCCCUUGAGCAUCAGCCAUCAGGGAAACUGAGGAGGACUGCCUUAAGAUUCUUUGGAGGACACAAAAGCAUCUGUGUUUUACCAAACUUCUUUGGGGGAAGGAACAAAAAUCUAAACAAGUGGUCCUCUAAGAAGGGAGUCAGCAAGAGUAAAACUCAUGAUGGACUUAGCAAGGCAGACUGGGAGGACAGUCUGGGAAUUGGAUAUGUCCCAGCAGGAUAUUUUGAGUACCACAGCCAGAAAGAUACUGCUGGAAAGGCUUGUAGGGAAUUUGGUCACCCUACUGGUGAUCAGAAGUCAUUCUCUCUUCGGCAGAAAAAGGGUUUGCGAGAACUUUUUAACAGCAUCAGGCAUCGUAGAAAGAAUAGAAAUUGUGAUUUUGAAAAAAAUGAAAUGGUUGCGAAUUCUCAUGUCUGCAACAAAGAGGUGCCUAUUGCCCAGAAUAUCAUUGACCAAAAUGACAUGGAGUGCCUGGGCAGUUUGUCUGAAUCCAAUGUACCUGUUUUGGCAAACGUUGACGAUUGUUUGACAAUUGCUCCUGAAUGUGUUGAUGUCAUAGUGUCUGAGAAAGACCUGGUGAAACAAGGGAGUCUUGAUUCUCUGAUAGGGGAACUGAAGAAAGGUGAGGAUAUUGUAGAGACACUCCAUAUAAACACAGAACCAGAUUCUUUCCCGAAGACUAACCUAGAGUCUACUGUGAACGUCCAGCUGCCUACUGGCUCAUCUCAGAUGAGCUUGCUGUUUGGUGAUGUGGCCUCUCUAAAGAGUUUUGACUCGCUCACUGGCUGUGGUGACAUAAUAGCUGAUCAAGACGAUGACAGUAUUGCAGAUUCUCAGGGCACAGUCUCAGCGGAAAGGAGUCGAAAUGCAGGCAAACGGAGUUCCUGUUAUGUUACGUACCAGGGUGGAGGAGAAGAAAUGGCCACCCCUGUUAAGGUGGACAGGGAUUAUCUCCACGACCUCUGGGAAAAUGAGGUUGCAGAGGACGCUUGCUAUACCCACACCCACGAAGAAGACUUUCUAGAGCACAGUGAAAGUCCUAGGAUGACACCUGAAGAGCCAUCUAGCUCCUAUACCAUGGACAUCAGCAGCAACAGUAAUGGUGCUCUUGGAGUUACAGAGACCACCCUUACAUCUUCGGAUGUCAUGACCCCACAGAGCGAAAAUCAAGUGUCAGUUCCUAACAGCGAUGAGGGUUACUAUGACUCUACCACCCCAGGACAAGAUGAAGACGGACGUGACAAAGUUGACAGGAUCAGGACCGAUAGACUACCAAGGGACAGUUAUAGUGGCGAUGCAUUGUAUGAGCUUUUUGAGCCUGAUGACAGUCUUAUCAGUCCACCUUUUGAAAAAGCUAAGCUGCCCGUCUCUGAUCCACUUGAGUUUUUAGACAUGUCAGCUCAGUGUGGUGGUGAAGAUGUAAAUGCUCUGUUCGCUCCUGAAACGGGUCUAAUUGAAGAGGACAGGCUAACUGGGAAUAGGGAGAAAAUGCUUGGCAACCCUAAAUUGUCAGAUGCUGUUUUUGGCACCUUUACCUCAACAUGUCAAUCACAAGAAAUUGACUCUGAGCAAAACAAGCCACAGUCCCCACGGUUAAGAGGAAAUCAUGAUCUAUCUAAAACAAAGAAUGACUUGGAAGAUGACCAGACAGUUUGCUUCUCCCAAGCCCUAGUGGACUUCACAAAACAAUCACAUGUUUAUAGUAAUUCAACUGAAAGCAUGGGAGGCUCUGAGUCAAACUCUCCCUUUGCCCAAAACAUGCAAGCCCUCCCAGCCAUUGUCACAUUUGAUGUCGUGGACAUGGAUAACGAGGGGGAAUAUGACCAGCAGAUGGAUAUGGUAAUGGAGGAGGAAUACAUCACGUCGCCUUAUGAAGUGUUUGAAGAAAGCUACCUGCAAAAGGAUGCGUUUGCUGAAUGUGACUUACGUAUGUUUGACCUCCUUGAACAGAGUCUCAGUAAUACUUGGGGAAUCGCCAGCCUGCCACGUCACCUUAGCCUUACACAAGUCAAUCGGUCGAGUCCACUGGCUCCUCUGCUGAGUCCUUUGGCCUUAAAUAGGAGGAGUAGAUCCCUGGACACGGAGAGCUUGGAGUUAGAGAUGACUGACAUGUAUUUAGGGAGUGGGGCAGCACUAGCAUCUUGCCCUAGAACUGAAAGGGACUCGAAGAGAGUGUCCUCGCUUCACCGCAAAAAUAAUGGAUACAUUUCCACUUCAGAAAACCGGGAUAAUAGACAGAUUAUGUUUCCGUCAUGGCAGCCAGAGACUGAGGGGACUGUAACGCACCCACGAGCAGAUGGGAAAAGAACAGAGCAGACGUACAGUCUCUAUCAAACUCAAAACAGACGAAUGAUAUCAUUCAGUCAGCCUGUCAGUCGAGUCCCAAACUGUAAAUCUCAACAGAUCUCAGCUAGCAAAAUGACUGACAGAGUAUCCUGUAAUUAUAUCUCUCAGAUUACAGGACCGUUACAUAGGCCAUCUCAUCUUCCUUUGCAAUCAGAAUCCUGUCGGCCCCAUGCCCCCUAUGGGAGAUCAGUUAAGGCAUCAGAUGGUGGUGGUGAGGCCCUUUUUUACACAUCGACCGUUAGCUCUCAUCCUUAAAAUCAACAUAAUAACAUGCCUCAACCUUGGUUGUGAGUCUGGCAGUUCUGUAAGCAGGGCUCUAAACUGUAAGCAGGGCUCUAAACUAACUUUAAAAAUGUAGGAACACCAGAAAUGUGAUUUUUAAAAUUGGUUAAGAUACAGUAUAGCCAAGCUACUGCUAAAGCACAUGUUGUGCCCUAGAAAUGAAUAUGAAACCCUGUAAACACUUUUUUUUAUUAUAAAAAGCAAAAGUGUUGACAUUAAAUACCUCAUUAAAAUUAAGUCAUUUAUGGAAUAUUAGGUCUCCACAUAAUGUAAAUUCACUAACAUUUAAUGUUGUACACCGUCUCUUUAAGAGCAUCAAGUUUGUGAUGACAUGCAAGACGUCAUUCGUUCAUUGUUAUGAUCAUGGAUCUCCUGAAGAAGCUAUCCCUUUUCCUUUCUGUGCCCCCAAAUGUUUUCAGGUUGUUAGCUAGCUAAUGAGGUAUCAAACAUGACUGAACAAGGUGUAAAACAAAUGCAGUCCGCAAGUAGUUUUAGAACGUCCCGCGACAUGGUUUAUGAAUGUAAAAUGUGGCCUCCCAACCUGUGACAAAAAACAACAACAAACGUUGCACUGAUAAUAUGGGUUAGCUCUUCUGAACUGUUUGGGCUAGAAUCAAGCAGUUUUUGCUGUAUUAAUGGUGCAAGCAUGAUGCUAACAAAUCUGGACUCUGGGAAACGAGAAGCCUUAUUACAAAAAUUAUACAAAUAAAGUUAUUUAUUUUGUUGCACUGGUGCUCCCAAAUUAAAACUCCAGGUUGAGGUCGCACAGCAAAAUAUUUAGUCCCAAAUGUGCACUUUAAAGCCCUGCCUGUAAGGCCAGUGGACUAUGAGCAGCAGGCAGACUUCACCAUUAAAGGAAGAAAAACUGGAUAUGGUACACCCUGUUGAAUGUAACAAACACGGUGCCUUCGGAAAGUAAUCAGCCUCCUUGACUUUUUCCACAUUUUAAUACGCUACAGCCUUAUUCUAAAAUUGAUUGAAUCGUUUUUUCCCCCCAUUAUCAAUCUACACACAAUACCCCAUAAUGACAAAGCAAAAACUUUUUUUUAGACAUUUUUGCAAAUUUAUGAAAAUAAAUGGAAAUAUCACAUUUAUAAAAGUAUUCAGACCCUUUACUCAGUACUUCGUUGAAGCACCUUUGGCAGCGAUUAUAGCCUCUAGUCUUGGGUAUGACGCUACAAGCUUGGCACACCUGUAUCUGGGGAGUUUCUCCCAUUCUGCUCUGCAGAUGCUCUCAAGCUUUGUCAGGUUGGAUGGGGAGCGUCGCUGCACAGCUCUUUUCAUGUGUCUUCAGGGAUGUUUGAUCGGGUUCAAGUCCAGGCUAUGGCUGGGCCACUCAAGGACAUUCAGACUUGUCCCAAAGCCACUCCUGUGGUGUUUUGGCUGUGUUCUUAGUCGUUGUCCUGUUGGAAGGUGUAUGUUCGCCCCAGCCUGAGGUCCUGAGAAUUCUGGAUCAGGUUUUCAUCAAGAAUCUCUGUACUUUGCUCCGUUCAUCUUUUCCUCGAUCCUGACUAGUCUCCCAGUCCCUGUUCCUGAAGACAUCUCCACAGCAUGAUGCUGCCACCACCAUGCUUCACCGUUGGGAUGGUGUCCGGUUUCCUCCAGACUUGACGCUUGGCAUUCACGCCAAAGAGUUCCAUCUUAGUUUCAUCAGACCAGAGAAUCUUGUUUCUCAUGGUCUGAGAGUCUUUAGGUGCUUUUUGGCAAACUCCAAGCGGGCUGUCAUGUGCCUUUUACUGAGGAGUGGUUUCUGUCUGGCCACUCUACCAUAAAGGCCUGAUUGGUGGAGUGCUGCAGAGAUGGUUGUCCUUCUGGAAGGUUUUCCCAUCCAAAGAGGAGCUCUGUCAAAGUGACCAUCGGAUUCUUGGUCACCUCCAUGAUCAAGGCCCUUCUCCCCCUAUUGCUCAGUUUUGCCGGGAGGCCAGUUCUAGGAUGAGUUUUGGUGGUUCCAAACAUCUUCCAUUUAAGAAUAAUGAAGGCCACUGUGUUCUUGGGGACCUUCAAUACUGCAGACAUUUUUUGGUACCUUUCCCCAGAUCUGUGCCCGACACAAUCCUGUCUUGGAGCUCUACGGACAAUUCCUUCGACCUGGUUUUUGCUCUGACAUGCACUGUCAACUGGGACCUUUUAAUAUAGACGGGUGUGAAUUUCAAAAUCACAUACAAUCAAUUGAAUUUAGCAAAGGUGGACUACAAUAAAGUUGUAGAAACAUCUCAAGGAUGAUCAAUGGAACAGGAUGCACCUGAGCUUUAUUUAGUCUCAUUUACAUGAUUACUUAUGUAAAUAAGGUAUUUAAAAUAAACUGUUUUCGUUUUGUCAUUGUAGGAUAUUUUUUGUAGAUUGAGUAAAACAUUGAAUUUAAUCAAUUGUAGAAUAAGGCUGUAACGGAACAACAUGUGGAAAAAUCAAGGGGUCUGAAUACUUUCCUAAGCAAAUUCCCAGAAAUGUAAUGAAACCUCUUCUACACUUAGUAUUGAAAUGUGGUAUACAUGUUAUGUACCACCAAAGACACCAUCUAGUAUGUUUGCAUAACUGAAAAUAGAAUGAUUGUCUGUUACUGCAAGUAUUUCACUCUGUUGUAUAAUCCUUAUUUGUGUUGCUGUUCUAUCAUACUGUGUUGUCUUGUGAACAGUCAUAAUAGAGGCUCUCCCAUGCAGUCUUUCAUUAAAAUGUUCAGGCCUGAGUAUGCCUUGCAUUUGUAAAGCCCAGAGUUAGGCCACACACAACACGUAUUACACAUAUUGGUAGGUACUGUGAAUGGGUAAUUACUGUAAACUACGUGGUCAUUUUAAAAUCAAAUUAAAUUUGUCACAUGCACAGAAUACCUCUUGUGUAGACUUUACUGUGAAAGGCUUCCUUAAGAGCCCUUCCCAACGAUGCAGAGUUUAAAAAUAAAAUGUCACUGACUAAAGUUG